AUGGCUGCACUCGCCUCCGCGGAAAGCUUCUCCAUCUCAGUCUACUCUCCAGGCACCGAGAUCCAUGGUGCGAACCUCGAUGCUGCAGCUUUAGGUUUCUACUCGGGUAUGUCUGGUCCCGCGACCUACUGUCCCCCCGAGGUCGGCACAUACUGCCCUCCUGUUGAAGGCAGUCUGGUCACUUUUGGCAUGGGAGGCAUGGCGGUCGAGGUCCCUGGCGGUCAGUUCAUCUACGUCAGUCCAACCGGACAAGUCAAGUACACUCAGGCGCACUCGAAUGACAUGCCGCCGGGAUCAUUUUUCAGAGGCUGGUUCGAGAAGACGGUCAUCUCCGAAUGUGAGCCUACCAUUGAGGUUAUCGACUUCUUGACAAAUGAUGGCUCCAACAUCGGCGGCCUGAUGCUCUGUCCUGACAUCUCCAGCUUCAUGACGGGCACAGGUGCAAGUUACCAGCUCUACGCGAAGACCCCCAAUUUUAGCCUCACAAACUGUGUCGAAGCGGUUGGUCUGGUCAUGCAUAGCAAUGACGCUUCGGUCGGAUGCUGGGAGUACACCUAG